ACACCGACGACACGAGUCGUCGUCGCGAGUCGUGACUCAUCUCAUCUGCACUUCACAAGAAGUUAGUCACCAGACCCCCCCGUAUGCACCAUCAUCAAUCAAUGUCUUUCCAUGUAUGAAACCCUAGCUUUGCAAAGCAUUUUUCCUAUUCAGGAACUAGGGUUUCUCUCUCUCUCUCUCUCUCUCUAAAUUAGGGUUUCUAUUUUUCUUCAGUCACUCUUGCGCGCUUUCUCUCAAACCCUCCAUCGAAUCAAUUUUUUUUGUCUUUUCUUUUAAUUUUAUCGUUGUCAGGUAGUUUCCAGGAAAAAAAAAUUGUAAAUGCGAGAAAUCGUAAGAAAGACGUUUUGACACAGCAGGUGCUUUCUUGGAAACCCCAUCAAAGAUUCCAUCUAUUUCCUUUCAAUAUCUUUGAUGACAGUGAGGAGGAAGAGGAAAACACAUGAAAGAUUCGAGAAUUUGUGCGAAAAUUGUUGAAAAACCUAGGCACUAGUGUGAACUUCGAUGGAGUCGACGCAUGUGGUACUCGAUAUAAGCUCGGACGAAGAUUAUGAUUAUGAUUGGAUAUCGGAGUUUUUGGACGAUGCGGAUGACUCUGAUGAAGUGGUGGUGGUGAGUGAAGUUGUGGCGAAUCACAAGCAGAGGUCGUCAAAGUCUUCUAGUGUUGCUGCUGCGAAGCCGAAAGAUUUGGAUGAUGAUUGUGUGGUAUUGGAGGGUGAUCCAGAUAAACCGGUUGCGAUCGAGAUCGAGAACAAUACGGAAGGUGAUUCGGAUGAUUUGUCCAUUGUUGGCGAGAAGGGGCAGAUUGCUUGCAGAGAUUACCCUCACGCUCGCCACCUCUGUGCUAAGUUUCCUUUCACUUCCUCUCUGCAUGAGAGGCAUUGUCCUCAGUGCCACUGCUAUGUAUGUGACUCACUUGCACCAUGUGUCAAUUGGGGCAAUGGCACUUCCAGAAAUGACCAUUGUCACGCUACCGAUAAAGAUGAGUUCUGGAAAUCUCAGAGGCAGAGUUUCAAGCAAGGGAAUAAAGCCCCACUACCAGGUCCUAAAUUUCCUGACACUUCUCGCUCAAUUCGACCACCGCCAACAAUCACACAGCUGCAACCAAAGAAUCAGAUCUCCAGGUCAGCCACAAUCCGUGCUUGCUCUAUGCCUACCAGUUUUGGCGUCCCAAAUAUCACAGAUCAAGGCAGAAGCCAACAGUCUGUAUAUGUAAGAAACAAAUUCCACCCAGAUUUGGUCUCUCGGCAGUUGCUUAGUACCCGUAAUAAUAUCAUUCAAAGGGACAGAAGGUUUGGUAAUUUAGGGCCUCCAUAUAUCAAUUCCCACACAAUUUUCAAAAGGGCAGCAGGAUCAACUAGAGUUGCUUUGGCAACAAAUCGAACUAGAUAUGGCUCAUCUGACAACAAUUAUGCAACUCAAUUCUCCAGAAAUCCCUCUCCUGUGGCAGCUUCAAAUGAUAACAAUCCCACUAGGUGGCGAGACCUUUCAAGUGGAAUGAUUUCAGACUCAGAAGCAUAUCAGAACCUCUCCCAGCAAAACACUGGCAGCAGCUUGGAGAAUUCAGUGCCUUCUCAACCCCUGUUAUCCUCACAUCCAAACAUGGGCAGUGUCUUUCUGAAUUCAGUGCCUUCUGGACCCCGACUGUCCUCCCAGCCAAACAUAGGCUGCAGCUUUGUCGAUUCAGUGCCUUCACCGCAAGUCUCUUCCCAGCCAAGCAUGGGAAGCAAUUUCGAAAAUCCUUUGUCUUGUCAACCGCAAGUGUCCUCACGGCCAAACAUGGGCAGCAGCUUUGUCUAUCCUGUGCCUUCGCAACCCCAAGUGUAUAGUAGUCAGCCUAUUCCUGCAGCAAAUGAUGGCCAAUAUGGCUUCCAGCAAGGAAACGAGACUCAAAGUGCUGUGGAUCCAAGUUUUUCAGAUUUUGACUCAAGUUGGGUUGCCCCAACUGGCUGCCAGAGCAACCAACCUUUGGCAGAUAAUUCCCUAUUUCAAAUUCCAGGGCUGACUUAUCAUCAUCCUCCUCUUGUCACAGGGUUUGAUCCCCAGAUUCCUGUAAACACAAAUCCAGGCUUACCGGACUUCCAAUUUGAUUGGAUGUUGGAGAAUCAAUCUUUUUCUGGGGCCCUAGAAGUUCCUGUUCCUUCUGGAUGCAAUGUAUACUCUCCGGAAACUGCCCCUGUUGAUGAUGUUGCGUUCUUUGAUUUCUAAACCUCCUGGGAGUAACCAACCCAUGUAAAAAGCCCUCAACCCUGCAAAGAAUGAAAAUGGCAUUCCAUUCUUUGGAUGAUAUAAUAGGGAUUAUUAGUAAUUGGGUUAAAACAUCAACAGUAGAACAGUUGUACUGUACAGUAUUUUUUUGUUUUUAAUUUUAAUAUGAGGUACAUACUCAAGUAGCCUUGUUUUUACGGUUGCUUUAGGGAUGUAGGGUGCCGGUGAUGUAACAUUAUAUAUGAAAUUCUCAGAUUGUCAUUUUUCUAUCCAAUCAUUUUAGGCUCUACUCAAA